AUGACGUUUUUGGUCAAAAACUGCCGAAAGCUCAGUGCAGGGUACGCCUUCCUGCUCGACAAAGCUCUGCUCAUCUGUAAGCGCCGGGGGGACUCCUACGACCUCAAGGACUUUGUGAACCUGCACAGCUUCCAGGUGCGGGACGACUCCUCCGGAGAGCGGGACCACAAGAAGUGGAGCCACAUGUUUCUCCUGAUUGAGGACCAAGGUGCCCAGGGGUACGAGCUGUUCUUCAAGACGCGGGAACUGAAAAAGAAGUGGAUGGAGCAGUUUGAGAUGGCCAUCUCCAACAUCUACCCCGAGAAUGCCACCGCCAACGGGCACGACUUCCAGAUGUUCUCCUUCGAGGAGACCACUUCCUGCAAGGCCUGUCAGAUGUUGCUGAGGGGCACCUUCUACCAGGGCUACCGCUGUCAUCGGUGCCGGGCACCUGCACACAAGGAGUGUCUGGGGAGGGUCCCUCCGUGUGGCCGACAUGGGCAAGAUUUUCCAGGAACUAUGAAGAAGGACAAACCACACCGCAGAGCUCAGGACAAAAAGAAGAAUGAGCUGGGUCUACCCAAGAUGGAGGUGUUUCAGGAAUACUACGGGCUUCCUCCACCCCCAGGAGCCAUUGGGCCAUUUCUAAGGCUCAAUCCCGGAGACAUUGUGGAGCUCACCAAGGCUGAAGCUGAGCAGAACUGGUGGGAGGGCAGGAAUACAUCUACCAAUGAAGUUGGCUGGUUUCCCUGCAACAGGGUGAAGCCGUACGUUCGUGGCCCUCCUCAGGACCUGUCUGUUCAUCUCUGGUACGCCGGCCCCAUGGAGCGUGCAGGGGCAGAGAGCAUCCUCACCAACCGCUCGGACGGGACCUUCUUGGUGCGGCAGAGAGUGAAGGAUGCGGCGGAAUUUGCCAUCAGCAUUAAGUAUAACGUCGAGGUCAAGCACAUUAAAAUAAUGACGGCAGAGGGAUUGUACCGGAUCACAGAGAGAAAGGCCUUCCGGGGGCUCACGGAACUGGUGGAGUUUUACCAGCAGAACUCCCUAAAGGACUGUUUCAAGUCUCUGGACACCACCUUGCAGUUCCCUUACAAGGAGCCCGAGAGGAGAGCCAUCAGCAAGCCACCAGCAGGAAGCACCAAAUAUUUCGGCACAGCCAAAGCCCGCUAUGAUUACUGCGCCCGGGACCGGUCAGAACUGUCCCUCAAGGAAGGUGACAUCAUCAAGAUUCUCAACAAGAAGGGACAGCAAGGCUGGUGGCGGGGAGAGAUCUACGGCCGG